CGCCUCCACCACUCUGUCGCUCCCCCAUUUCCUCUUUUUCCCCCCUUGCCCCUCUUUCUAGCCUCAAGCCUCUGCCCGCUUGCGGCCCGGCACCAUGCUUCCCGCCAACCGCGCGCCGUCCCGCAGGGACCGUGUGUACUCGCGGGACGAAAUCGAGGCUCUCAUAGCCGACGGAGGCCAUGUCAUCAUCUUGGACGGCAGGGUCCUCAAGAUCGAUGCCUGGAUGCAAUACCACCCCGGCGGCGACAAGGCCAUCAAGCACAUGGUGGGCAGAGACGCCACGGACGAGGUCAACGCCUUGCACUCGCCCAUCGCUAAGAUCCGCAUGAGGAACUUCAUCAUUGGCCGUAUCGAGGGCCGCUGGACCAACUUUACCCCGCCCAUCCAAGGUGGCAAGUUCCGCACCCAAGCCGAGCUCGACGCUCUCAAGCAGCAGCAGCAGCAGGACUCUGGCUGCGACACCGACGUCUCUGAAGCGCCCUCGCCCAUCUUCGAGCCCGCCGAUCCCGAUGCCGCUCUGCGCCGCCGCCGCACCGACACCACAUAUAGCCGCACCUCGUCGGCCACGUCUAUUUCGUCGGGGGAAGAGCUCGACACCGCUGCUGCUGCGGCGGCGGCGGCGGAGAAGAAGAAGAACGAUGAGCCCAAGAUGACGCUGCUGGACGCCAGGACGCAGGAGGAGCUGAAGCAGGACUCGCAGCACUACCCGCCGCUGGACCCGGCGACUCAGGACGAGAUUGUGCGCAAGUACCGGGCGCUGAACGAACGCAUCGAGGCCGAGGGGUUGUACCAGUGCCACUACAGCUCGUACAUGAUUGAGCUGGCGCGGUACUCGUUAUUCUUCACGCUGUUCCUGGUGUUCCUGCGGUGGGGGUGGUACGCGACGUCCGGGUUAUUUCUAGGCUGCUUCUGGCACCAGCUGGUCUUUACGGCGCACGACGCCGGGCACAUGGGCAUCACGCACAACUUCGCGGCAGACACGGUCAUCGGCAUCAUCGUGGCCGACUUCCUGGGCGGGCUGAGCCUAGGCUGGUGGAAGCGCAACCACAACGUGCACCACAUCGUGACGAACCACGCGGAGCACGACCCGGACAUCCAGCACCUGCCCUUCUUCGCCAUCUCGCACCGCUUCUUCUCCAGCCUGCGCUCGACGUACUACGACCGCGUGCUGCACUACGACGCGCCGGCCCGCUUCCUCAUCCGCUACCAGAACUACCUCUACUACCCGAUCCUGUGCUUCGGCCGCUUCAACCUGUACCGCCUGUCGUGGGAGUACCUGCUGGGCGGGCAAGCGCCGCGCAAGGGUCCGGCGUGGUGGCACCGGUGGCUGGAGCUAGCCGGCCAGGUCACCUUCUGGUACUGGUUCGGGUACCGGACCGUGUACCUCAGCAUCCCGACGGCGUGGGCGCGCGUCGUCUUCGUGCUCGUCUCGCACGUCGUCACGGCGCCGGUGCACGUGCAAAUCACGCUGUCGCACUUUGCCAUGAGCACGGCGGACCUGGGCGCGCGCGAGAGCUUCCCGCAGAAGAUGCUGCGCACCACCAUGGACGUCGACUGCCCGCAGUGGCUCGACUUCUUCCACGGGGGGCUCCAGUUCCAGGCCAUCCACCACCUGUACCCCCGCCUGCCGCGCCACAACCUGCGCAAGGCCCAGCGCCUCGUCAUGGAGUUUUGCGACGACGUCGACAUCCCUUACGGCUUGUAUGGCUUUGCCGACGGCAAUCGCCGCGUCAUUGGUCGCUUGGGAGACGUGGCGCGCCAGGCGGCGAUUUUAGCUGCAUGCCAGCGCAGCAUGGCUGAGAGCGCGGAUCUAGGGCUGCAUUGAGUGGGAGUGGGUGUGUGGUUAGUGGAUGAUUAGAUAUGAGGAUGCUGAUGAUAUGAUGCAUAACCAUGCAUGCAGGCAUGCAGUGUGCGUGUUGUUUGAUGAAGAUGAUGAGGAGGAGAAAAAGAGAAAAGGCAAGGGAAGAAUGAACGAACAGAGAUUGUAGGGGUUAUCCGGACGAUGGCGAUGAAAAAGAAAACCAAAC